AUGAUGCAUUCGUCAAUUACACGAACUAUCUAUCACAACAGCAAUAUCAAUUUAGGACCUUCCUUGUUAAACAAUGAAUGCGAAAGAAUUAACUUCAAGCAAGACGUCGUCGGAGUCACCCUUACCAAACUGGAGUUAACCUUGGUUUUAACAAUGUACAUCACCGCUGUCGUCGUUCUUGUCGUUGUCUUCGAACUGCUCAAACCAUCGAUUUCUGCCCAUUUACUGGGUUAA